UCCCUUCUAAUUGCAGAGUGUGGUCCCAGCCACUCCGGGAACUAGCAGCCCGAGCCUUCCGAGCCGCGUCUCCUGUGCCACCGCCCAGCAUCCCGCGCCAUGGGGGGCUCGGCCUCCAGCCAGCUGGACGAGGGCAAGUGUGCCUACAUCCGAGGGAAAACGGAGGCCGUUAUCAAGAACUUCAGUCCAUACUACAGUCGUCAGUACUCUGUGGCUUUUUGCAGUCAUGUGCGCAGUGAAGUGGAGCAGCACAGAGACCUGACCUCACAUCUUUUGAAGAUCAAGCCAUCGUUGGAGCCUGGCACUGUUUUGUAUGAAGCAGAGCUGUUACAGUUUGCUGAAGAUGUAAAGAAAUGGAAAGAGAGAUACGUUGUGGUUAAAAAUGAUUUUGCUGUGGAGAGCUAUGAAAACAGAGAGGCUUAUCUGAGAGGAGCUGCUCCAAAAAGCAGAAUUCUUCCAGCAGGAGGCAAGGUGUUAACCUCAGAAAAUGAAUACAACUUAUUAUCAGAUCGGCAUUUCCCAGACCCCCUUGCAUCCAGUGAGAAAGAAGCUGGCCAGCCCCUGGUGGUCCUGCCUAAGGAGUUCCCUGUGUACCUGUGGCAGCCUUUCCUCAAACACAGCUACUUUUGCUUCUCAGAAGCCACAGAACAGAGAAGGUUCAGUGCCCUCCUGGGUGACUGCAUUCGACACUUGAACCAUGAUUACAUGAAACAGAUGUCAUUUGAAGCCCAAGCUUUUUUAGAAGCUGUACAAUUCUUCCAACAGGAGAAGGGUCACUAUGGCUCAUGGGAAAUGAACAUUGGAGAUGAAAUCCAGAUCCUGAGUAGCCUGGUGAUGGAGGAGCUCCUGCCAACACUGCAGACGGACCUGCUGCCUAAAAUGAAAGGGAAAAAGAAUGACAGGAAGCGGGCCUGGCUUGGGCUCCUGGAAGAGGUCUACAAUAUGGUCCAGCAGCAGGUUUCUGAGGGCUUAGGUGCCCUGAAGGAGGAAUGCAGAGCUCUGACGAAGGGUCUGGAAAACACCAUCCGUUCUGACAUGGACCAGAUUGUGAAUUCCAAGAACUUUUUAAUGGGAAAGAUAAAAGCGAUGGUGGCCCAGCCAGCAGAGAAAAGCUGUGCAGAGAGUGUGCAGCCGUUCCUGGCGUCCAUCUUGGAGGAGCUCAUGGGGCCGGUGAGCUCAGGAUUCAGUGAAGUGCGCACACUCUUUGAGAAGGAAGUGGAUGGACUGAGCCAGAACUUUCAGACCACCAAAGACAUCACACAGCUAAAGGAGCAUCUAGAACAGCUCCAGAAGCUUCCACUGGAUUCUGUGAAGAUGGAACUUUGUUAUAGCAGAGUUGACCUGCUUCAGGAGCGAUUGCAGGAUCUCAAGAGCCGUUUCCAAUUCCCACAUACUGACCUGGUGGCACAGAGGACACAGACGUACAUGCAAGAGCUGAUGGGAAAUGCCGUUUUCACUUUUGAGCAGUUGCUUGCUCCACAUCUCCAAGGAGAGGCCUCCAAGACUGCAGCCGCCAUUGAGAAGGUUAAACUCCGGGUCUUAAAGCAAUAUGAUUACGACAGCAGCACCAUCCGGAAGAGAAUAUUUCAAGAGGCGCUGGUUCAAAUCACACUUCCCAUCCUGCAGAAGGCACUGGCAUCUGCAUGCAAACCAGAGCUGCAGAAAUAUGAGCAGUUCAUCUUUGCAGACCACACCAACAUGAUUCAUGUGGAGAAUGUCUAUGAGGAGAUUUUACAUCAGCUCCUCCUGGAUGAGAGUCUGAAAGUGAUAAAGGAAGCUGCUGUCCUGAAGAAACACAACCUGUUUGAAGACAACAUGGCCUUGCCCAGUGAAAGUGUGUCCAGCUUACUUGAUCUGAAAACCCCUGUGGGUUCCAACCAGGCCAGCCCUGCCAGGAGGGUCUCUGCCAUACAGUCUGGGGGUCUAGAUGGAGAGACCCCAAGUAAUGAGGUCUUCCAGGAGCCUGGGGCUCCUGAAAUUGGGACCCAAGGAGAAAGCCUUGAUUUCCCUGAGACCAGCCACCCCCCAGGUGGGGAUGGGCAGAGAGUGAGCCCCAUACCUGCAGAGGACAUGGAAGGUGCCCCCUGCACACAUGCAGCAGAGCUGGGAUCUGGAGGGUCACCCGGGGACCAAAAAGCAUCCCCCCAAAAGCCAGCAUCCAUCAUUGCCUCAGGCUCAUUGGCAGAGCUCAGAGAUCUGCUGACGGUGACUAUGGAGGUGCCUGUUGAGUCUGCCCACCUGGAGACUGGAAAAGAUACAAAUGAGGAGGCCCCGGGGCCCCAAGAAAUUGAAAAAGCAGAGGAAGCAAUCCAAGUCUGCACGGAGGUCAGUCAGGCAGCGGGUGUCACCUUGGAAGAAAGCAACGCCAGGGAGAAAGCCCAUUCUUACCCUCUGGAGGCUCAGGCUGGUGGGGUAGGCUUGGGGGGAUCUCUAGAAGUUCAGCUGCCCUGCGAAGGGCCCCCUGAGGGUGCCAGUAGCCCAGGCUCCAUGGAGGAGGCUGCACAGACCACUGAGAGGGAGUUUCCAGAGACGGCAUGUGGAGCAGAGGCCCAGGAGGGAGGCUGGGCUGCGGGUGUAGAGGAGGGAGCAGCCCUGUCCAGCGAUGACAGCAUCCUGUGUCCUGCCCCUGUGGACCCCACUGAGAGCCAGGUGUCUAUGGAGCCAGGAGAGCUGGGAGGGGACAGCAGCUUGGCCCAGGCCACUGCCAGCAUGGACACAGACAUGAAUGCCCUUCACGUGUAUGAGUGCCAGUGGGUGGUUGAGGAUACCUCUGGCCCCGACCUACUGAGCUCCCACACUGAGGACAGUUUGCAGGACCAAGACUGAUGAACGGGACUGGCCAGCACAAGAGUUUCUUUGAACAAAUUCUCAGAGGGUUAUAGUUAGGGGUACACUUAGAGGUUGCAUGGGAGUUGCUAUCCACCCCCCCCACCACCACCACCAAAAAAAAAUUAUAGGAUACUUCUUUUGUCAAAUGCAAGAAGAGGUGAUAUACAUAGGCACAAGCACUGAGGCAAACCUUUGGGGGGAACUGAGAGGGCCCAGCAGAACUGAUUGCUUUUGUAUUCGGAUAGGAAUUUUUUUAGAAAUUACCAGGUAAAUUAAAAAUAAUAAUAAUAAUUCAAGUAAGAAAAAAAAAGAAAAGAAAAGAAAAGAAGAAACUACCAGUUAAUGGGCUAUGGGGUGGAGGGAGUGAGAGAAAGAGAGGGAGUGGUUUCCAGUACACUCUGCAUAUUAAGACUUUUUAAAGAUUUUUUUUCCUCUGCAAGAAUACAGUUGCAAAUUCAGCCUCACCACUUAUUAGACCAACUUGACUGACUCUAGAAAGCUUGGUGUCUCACCACAGAUGAGCUGCAGGAGAGGAUGGGUGUCUGAUGGUCCUGUUGUCCUUGCCCCACACAACCCGGGAGCAGAGAGAUCUUGGGGGAAGCCUAACUAGUGGGAGGAAAGCUGUGGUGUAGGGACUGACUGGGCCUGUCACUCAUUCUACUGUCAAUUUCUUCUUCAUUAGUCCUGUGGAUUCUUACUAAUUAACCACUUUCUGAGAAGGGGGGGAGGUUUGGAUGAGGCAAGAAAAUGUGUUUGGCAUGUUGAAGCCUGAGAGCAUUCCAACGAGAGUGGAGUUAAAUGAUGGCACUCACAGUCUACCCAUUAAACAUCCGUGAAGCAGCUACAUUAUGCCACACAGUAUGGGGUGUAGAGAUGAAAAUAGGACAAGAGCUGGGCUUUGUGUAGUGUAAAAUUAAGGACCCAAGAGACUUUCAUCUAGGGGAAAAUGUGCCAGUUUCCAACCAUGGCAGCAUUCUGUUCUCCUAUCCAAACAGCUCUGCUUCGUUCUCAGAAAGGAAUAAAGUGAAUAAAUAAGAAAGAGGGGGAAGAAAAGAGACAGAGAUAGAUAGAGGAGAUAUAUACCAUCAAGUAUGAAAAGCAGAACUCUUCUUUUCAGUCCUCUGGUAAGUUAGUUGCAGCCGUGUAUGUCCCAGACCUCAGACUUAAGACACAAUGUGAUGAAAAAAGAUUGUUUUUUUCCUCUAGGAAUUCACAUUUUAACAGAAAUGAACACAAACCCAUCUUCUAAGUGGAUCCUGGUCUGUAGCUGUUCCUGUUAAAGAUAGGAUGGACUUAUUUGCAAAAGAUGUAAAAAUGUGUCCCAUUGUCCUUCUGAAAAAUUCCAGGUGAUUUCUUAAGCUUCACUCCUGGGUCCUAAUCUCCUUCCACAAUGUUACUAGUAGAUCCCAUCAUAGUGUCCUGAGAGUUUUUAUUAUUAUUUUUAUUGUCAUGCACAAUGACUUUGUAUUCAUUCUUUAAAGAAGAUACCUCCCAGUUUAGCCAUUGAACCAGGAAUUAAAAUUUCUCCCUCUCCACCCCCCUACCAUGAAAACUUUGUUAUCAGGGAUGCAAAUUAAUCAGUUUUGAUCCAUUCUCACAUUUAAUGGUUUCAGUUUUUCUUAAGAGUAUUCAGGUCCUCACGUCUAGGAAAGGUCUUGUUACAGGGAAAAAAGAUAGAGACCACUUCUCCCUACUCCCGUAUUAUCCCUCACAGCACCCACAUAUCUGUUGGUUCCUGUUCUUCGACUUAGCAAAGUGUGUGGCGGUGACAUUUACUUCCUGUCCAUUACUGGGACUCCUCAUGUGUGCCACCUGCUAGAAACACACUGCCUUGAGUACUGACUCUUCCAAUCUUCUCAGUACCCCUGUGCCCACAGGGAGAUGCCAAGAGCCCAGCAACCCAGGAGAGGAGGGAACUGAGCCAGGAGCCAAGGAGCCAGUGCCUUGCUAUUUCUUCUGGGAGAAUGGGGUGUAGUCCCAGCCCAGGCUGACCCAAUUCAGCUUCCCAGCCUCCUCCCUGUGCUCAUCUCUGGGCUCACUGUACCCUUUGGUAAGCUAAGAAACUGUUCUGAAGAGGGCCAGGCAGUAGUGCAGCAGGUUAAGCACACAUGGCACAAAGCACAAGGAUGGACGUAAUGAUCCCGGUUUGAGCCCCCGGCUCCCCAUCUGCAGGGGUGUCACUUCACAAGUGGUGAAGCAGGUCUGUAGGUGUCUAUCUUUCUCUCCCCCUUCUCUGUCUUUCCUAUCUCUCUUGAUUUCUCUCUGCCCUGUCCAACAGCAAUGACAGCAAUAACAACAAUAUUAAUAACAACAACAAGAAGGGCAACAAAAGGGGAAGAAAUAGCCUCCAGGAGCAGUGGAUUUGCACCAAGCCCCAGCAAUAACCCUGGAGGCAAAAAAAAGAAAGAGAGAAGAAGAGAGAGAGGAAGAGAGAGAAAGAAAGAAAGAAGUUUUCUGAACCCUACAAAAGGGGGGGAAAAAGUGCACUUCAUUUCAUCAGAUGGGUAAACACCAGGACCUCCUUUUAUCCAUCCUUUGGCCAGAGUGGACAGGGAGCCCAAUGGAAAGACACACUCAAGAACACAAAGAACCAUUCUGUACAUACUUCACAGAAGGCAGGAAAACUGCUCCCGGUGAAGGUGAGAUAGGAAACUCGCUUGCAUUUAAAAUAUACUGUUUUCAUUUUAAUAUGAGGAAGGGAUGAUUUUUGCCUUGCUUCCACUAUAGACUUGUAGCUGAUACUUCUGUGGUUUUCUGAUCGGAAGGUCAUUAUAACUUAAAUACGCAACGUGAAAAGCCUUUCUUCAAUUUCUUGAGAUCUCUUCUGUGGGCAAAUAUAUCCAAGAUGCAUAAACCCUUUUGACAUGGCUUUUGGCCAGAACUCCAUGAGUUUAAGCUAGUUAUAUAUGUUACUAUUACACAUACAAAUUGAGACUGUUUUCCUUGGGGGGAAUUUAGCUUGUCAUUUUCUUGUUUGCAGUUUUGGAGGGGAAGAUAGUAAGGUAGGCUUUAGCUGAUUAAACUCUUUUCAAGAAAAAACACUGUGGGGACUGUAAGGAUGAAUGCAGUUUGCUUAAAAGCUUUCUAAAGAGGCUGGGUGUGUGAAGAGCUGACGGCCUCUCAGGACCAUCUGCAUUUCAGCACAAAGGUUCUCAAGAUGAUGUGACACUCCAGACUGGAGCCAGUGACUGCAAACAGGUUCACAAUUCUCCUAGAAAAUGGUGGUUUGAAUUCUUUAUUAAAAAGUGCUAUAUGCUACCUAGCAGAUGUAGUGUGGGGCAGGGGAGCAAAACAUUGCCAAAAACCACAGCCCGUCUCACCAGGCAAGGCAGUCAGCUUUUGUGCCUUCUUAAACAAGUAGGGUUGGGGUCAGGAGUUGCUUCUGAAAGUCUGCAACUUCAAGGGGCAAGACCCACACUAUAGCUUUUUCUAUUCACAGUAUAAAGCCAAUAAACUUAAAACACCUUGUAACCAUGUAUUUACUCUGUCAAAAGCCAAUAUUUCCAAUAAAAUGGUUACCCUUGCA